CCCCCUUCUUGGGGGGGGACCUUGGAGAGAGGGGAAGAAGGAGUGAACUUUUGGGGCUGAGUAGUUGCUCUCUGCUGCCGCGGAGGCUGCCUCUCCUCCUGCUGCUGGUUUCCCACCUUCCUUCUUUCAGCCGAGAGCCAUGAAGGAGCCCGGCGCGCCUUGGACCCUGCUGCUGCCGCUGCUCCUGGGGCUGAGGGCCUGCUGCCUGGCUGCUGGAGCCGGAGAAGCCUCCCCUUCCUCGCCUUUUUCCCGGAGGCACGACGAGCCCUUCUCGGUCUCCGGAGCCCGCUGCACCUCCAGGUGCCUCAGCCUCCAGAUCACCCGCAUCUCCGCCUUCUUCAAGCAUUUCCAGAAUAAUGGUUCCUUGGUCUGGUGCCAGAAUCACAAACAGUGCUCAAAGUGUCUGGAACCCUGCAAAGAAUCCUGGGACUUGAAGAAAAACCAUUGCCAAAGUUUCUGUGAGCCUCUUUUCCCCAAGAAGAACUAUGAAUGCCUAACUAGCUGUGAAUUCCUCAAAUACAUCCUCUCGGUGAAGCAAGGAGACUGCCCAGCACCUGAGAAGGCCAGUGGCUUUGCAGCUGCUUGCGUUGAAAGUUGUGAGGCUGACAGUGAAUGCUCUGGUGUGAAAAAAUGCUGUUCCAACGGAUGUGGACAUACUUGCCAAGUACCAAAAAACCUGUACAAAGGGGUCCCUCUGAAACCCAGAAAAGAAUUAAAAUUUAAUGAGCUUCAAUCUGGACAGCUGGAGAUUAAAUGGUCUUCAAAAUUCAACAUCUCAAUUGAACCUGUGCUCUAUGUGGUACAAAGGAGAUGGAACUAUGGAAUUCAUCCCAGUGAAGAUGAUGCUUCCAUUUGGCAAACAGUGGCACAGACUACAGAUGAGAGACUACAACUAUCUGAUAUCAGGCCAAGCAGGUGGUACCAGUUUCGAGUGGCUGCCAUUAAUGUGCAUGGAACACGAGGCUUCACAGCUCCCAGCAAGCACUUCCGCUCUUCAAAAGAUCCAUCAGCUCCAUUGGCCCCAUCAAACCUUCGAAUAUCAAAUUCUACCAUGAACAGUGAUGGAACUGUAAAUGUACGGAUUAUCUGGGAUCUCUCAGAAGAACCUGACAUUCCAAUCCACCACUACAAAGUUUUUUGGAGCUGGACAGUCAACAGCAAGUCUCUGGUUCCAUCUAAAAAGAAAAGAAGGAAGACUACAGAUGGGUCCCAGAAUUAUGUAGUCCUUGAAGGCCUCCAACCCAACAGUAAUUACAUGGUGGAACUGCAGGCAGUAACAUACUGGGGUCAAAUACGUCUGAAAAGUGCCAAAGUGUCUCUCUACUUUAGUUCUACUCAGACAGCUGUUCACAACAAGGAACAGGCAUCUACAGUUGCAAAAGCACCUGAUGUCCCUCCAUCCUUCAAAGGAAGAAGACCUACUCGUCUUCUUGAAAUUGGAGUACCUUUUUAUCAAGAUGAUCAGCUUCAGGUCAAAGUCUACUGGAAAAAAACAGAAGAUGUAAGCAGUAGGAGUAGAUAUCAUGUCCAGUGGUUUGCAGAAUCUUGUGUGCACAAUGAUACAAAAGGACCUGAAAAGUCUGCUAGUACAACUUACGGAAACUAUAUAAUUCUUCAGAACCUGUCAUUUUCAUGCAAAUACAAAGUCACUGUUCAGCCAGCAAAAUCCAAAGGCCAUUUGAAGGCUGAAACUAUUUUGUUUACUACUCCACCUUGUUCUGAUCUUAAAGGGAAAAAGCACAAGCACAUAAGCUGUCCUUCUGAAGGAGCUCCACUUGUCCCAAAAGUUCUGGCAAAGCCGGAGAAUCUUUCUGCCUCUUUCAUUGUUCAGGACAUCAACAUUACUGGGCACUUUUCCUGGAAAAUAUCAAAAUCAGAUCUUCACCAGCCUAUGACAGGGUUCCAAGUCACUUGGGCUGAAGUUACAACAGAGAGCAGGCAAAACAGCUUACCCAACAGCAUCAUUUCCCAGUCACAGAUAUUGCCAGUAGAUCACUAUGUACUGACAGUGCCCAACCUGAGACCAUCGACUCUUUAUCGUUUAGAAGUACAAGUGUUGACAACAGGUGGUGAGGGGCCUGCAACAAUAAAAUCAUUCCGAACACCUGAUUUGCUGACAUCUUCACACAGGCCUCAUUUGAAACAACAUCACCCACAUCACUACAAGCCACCACCUGAAAAAUAUUAAGUUGUGCUGGAUUAUUAACUUGUCGGGGAAAAGUAAACACAUGCAAGAAAUGUACUGCAAGAAGAUUAGAAAAAAAAUAAUCUGUACAGAACUGUGGAAUGAGCUACAAUUCUAGUAGAUGGUCACCCUAUAUUAAUAGGGUUGAGAUAAGCAUGCUUGUACUAAUUGCAGGAUGAAGUAUGUCAUGCAAGAAUCAACCAUGUUCAUACAACUUAAAUAUUCAGCAUCUAUGGAAAUACAGUAUAAGAAUAUUGAAUUAUAGUGAUUUACUAUCAUCAUAGCAUACACUAUAUGUCACUCACUCUUCUCAGCCGAAGUGUGUGUGUGUGUGUGUGUGUGUGUGUGUUAUACAGAGUCCUAAACAUCUAGAUGUCAACCAACAUUCCAUAAGUUGAUAUUAUCAGUUCACUUAAAAUGUAUUUUAAAAAUGUGGUCCUGUCAUUGCUUGUCAUAACAAACAGAACAUAAUGACACAAAUUCCAUAUUUUUAUACUACAUUAAAUCACAACGGCAGAUAAAAGGAAUAUGCAGAUAUAUUAUCUUAGUCUGUAUAUAUAUAUAUUACAGUGAAUGCCCUAAUGCUAUUAAAUGCUGGUAUUCACAUGUGAAAGUUGUCAACAUCAGAUGAUCUGGGAGAAAGUAAGUGUAUUAAGAGAAAUAAAUACAUUUAAUACACAAAUAAUAAUUCUGUGGAUGUUCACUUUCAAGGUAUUCGCAUGUGGAUGCCAGCAAUCAUGUUUAGGUCUAACAUAGACUGGCCAAAGGUUAUGUAGUUUUUAAAAUAUCUGUACUAUAUAUUUCUAUUGAAAUGGAAACUAUCCCAGGAAAAUGCAGGGUUGUCUUUUUUUUUAGUUGCUGUUCACAGUGAGGUCUAAAACUUAAUUAAACCACAUGGAAUACUUAAAAUUAAAUUGCAUCUACUGAAGUGUAAGUUUAUGUAGACAAUGCAUCAUAACCAUAUAGCAUUUACUGUAACCAAGGUAAAAAUAUCAGGAAAGAAUGUCAUUGAACCAAAUGAUUGCAUUCAACACUUUGCUAAAAACCUGAUUCUAAAAGUAGCAAUUUCACAUGAGUUCUAGUCAUGUUUGUUUUCUCCUUAUCUUUUACAGUCCUCAAAAGACAACAGAAAAUAAGUCCUUGUAACCAAUAAUGUUUCUGUUGAACUUCCCAUCCUACUAUGGGUUCUUUUCUGUUUCUUCCAUGUACAUGGAGGAAACAUUUUUGUGCAUGCAGAGGAAUGUGAGGGCAGUUGACUCCAUCAGUGUAAAGGAAUAUAAAGUUUCUGGGGGAAAUUUCAGUGUAUAUUGAGCUCAGGAUUAUGCUGAUCUUUGUGUUUUUUAAGUAUUCAGAUAAUACUAUGUUACUGAACAGGCCAAUACCACUGAAGACUACCAGGCCCAUCACAGUCAAUCUGUAUUCAGCAAUUCUUUUCUGGAUCAUGCUUUCAUAUAUAUACUGUACAACUAAUAAUUUUUUCCUAGCUUAUCUUGCUGUGUAACCAUGUGUAAACGAUUUAGCAUAAAUGAUGGAAAGUCUCUAGGUACCUUUACUUUAAAUGUGAACACACCAAUCUGAUUUAGGUCCUAGAAUAAAUAGUUGUCCCUUCCUGCCUCCCCCCCCCAUACCCACCCCCCACUUAGUAGGAAACUAGAGGACUGUGGCAUGUUCCUUCAUAUUUAUGUAUCUGAGCUUUUAAAGAAGCUGAAUGAAUUAGUCAUUUCAAAGAAAAAUAUAUUUUAAAGCUGUUCCUAGAGAAGUAGAAAAAAUACGUAUGUACUGCUCUCUUAAAGAACUAGAGAGACCAUUCCAAUGUUAGUUUUUUGGUUCCAAGUACACAAAGAGAAAGACAGAGUAACACUUGAUUUAUGCCAUGGACAGUUAUGGCCUUCAAAGUACCAACUCCCUAGUUGAUAGCUAAAAACAGGUCAAUUGUUUCAAAUAAUGGGUAUAUGUUAAUUGCUGGGAAUUAUGAGCCCUGCAAAUAUUGAAUGGCAGUCCUACCAUUCCUUUUCAUUGGUUAUGCUGGCUGAGCUGCUAGAACUUGCAGCCCAACAGCUUCUGGAAAGCUGCAUGAUUCUCAACCCUGCAGUAGACUUACAUGUAUAAAAGCAAUGAUUUCAGUUCUGGUGUUAGAGCUACAGUUUUCAUGUUGCCUGAUACCAUUCAAGACAGCAGUCACAUCACAUAUAAACAGAUCAUAUGUAGAACUUUAUGACAUCAAAGGAAAUGGUACAGAUUUUCUCCCUCCCCCACACACAUAAACACACACAAACUCAGACACAAUUUGGUUUAGGUUUUGUGGGCUGAUUUACACCUGAUUUGUUGCAACAACUAAUAUUUUCUUUGAACUCAAUUUUCUGUUUGAUGGAGUUGAUUCACACUAUUAGCUACAAGUAAUAAUCUCAUGAGAAAUCACAGUACACAUGUGUAUAAGUCUUUAAAUGUGAAGCAAAACUUUCACUGAGGUCUUUGUUGAAUAUUAUAAAAAGUCAUUUCUGAAAAGAGUUAUAUGGAUACUUACAUUGCAUUAAAAUCAUAUUCUACAGGAAUAUGAUUUAAUUACAAGCCUAUCUGCUGCUUUAAAAGAAUAUAGAAGCAGGGCCUAAUUGGUUUCACUCUAAUGUAUUCCAUCUUUUCUAAAACUGGUAUAAAGGCAGCUGCAAUAAUCAUUAUUUAUUUUUAGAUUAUAACGUUCUUUUCUCCCCACUUACCCUCCUUUUGUUCUAAAGUAUUCUCAAAUUGUUGCUCAGUACCUGUGGAAUAUACCUUACUAUAAAUAUCAUAAACACCUGUACACUGUAACCCAGGAAUACUGUGCUUAUAAGUUGUUGCAUGUUUUCUUUUAAGUUUCAGAAGUUUAUUUAAAACAAGUAAAUUAAUACCUUCAGAUGUUGAUGGCUCUAUAUAGUUUUGCAUGCCAAAACUCAUAACUCAGUUAUAGGCAUGAAUUGUAUGACUGUAUUACCGCUAUUGAAUAUAUUGGUAAGGUACAAUUUGCAAAGUAAUUAACAGAGGUUCUAUCAGUAAAAUAUUUUUCCCCUUUAUGUAAUUAUAUUGUAGUGUGGAGAUAACAGAGCUACUUAUCUGUUAACUAAAUUGGCUGUAGAAAUCAUGUUCUUUAUAACAGACAUUAAAAGUCAGUAUUUAUUUAUAUAUGUUAUACAAAAGAGGGUUAAUUUGUGUGUAAGUGUGUGUCAUGUUACUUAGAGGGAAUAAUGUUUCUUGUAAAAACAUUUUGUAAAAAUAUUGUAAAUAGUCUGCUCUGUUUCUCAUUAUUUUCAUGUUUAGAUUUUGUACAUAUGUUUAAGUAAUA